AGAAACAAUAGAUAUUCCAGUAAAUGCUCUCUCUUUCUCUACACCUCCUUUGGUCGCGCAUGUGCACUCCAUGUUAACCAAACACGAACAGUUGCGCUACUGUAUAUAGUGUGUAUAUAUAUAUACACUGCGAUUCAUUGUCAGUAAUUGUCAUUGUCACUAUGAUCGGAGUGUCACGUUUUUCAGAAAUUUUUCGAAAAGGUGUUUACACCUUUUAUGCAAUGAACAGAAAUGGAAGGCAACAGUACAAACACAGAAUUUUCGUCAGAAGAUUAUGCACAUUGGACUAUUUGGACAAAAACAAAUCGACUUUGUAUCGGCAAUUGUAUGCAAAAAUAUUGGCAUGUGGACCGAUCACAGUCGCUGAUUACAUGAAGGAGGUUUUAACUCAUCCUACUGCAGGUUAUUAUACUACUAAGGAUAUCCUCGGACAGAAAGGUGAUUUCACAACUUCUCCAGAAAUCAGCCAGCUGUUUGGAGAAAUUAUAGCAAUCUGGAUAAUCAAUGAGUGGAGGAAAAUUAGCAAAGAAUCUAUCCAACUUGUGGAAUUAGGUCCAGGAAGAGGUACUUUGAUGAAUGACAUCUUACGGGUAUUUAAAAAGUUAAAUCUUUCGAAUAAAAUAUCAGUUCAUCUAGUUGAAAUUAGUCCUGUUUUGUCUGCAAUUCAAGCAAAGAAAUUAUGUGCAGAAAGUAAUGAUAAUAAUUCAGACAGUUUCAAAGAUGAGGAAAAUGCAUUUUACAGAAGAGGUAUUACAAAAGAUGGAGUAAAAGCGUAUUGGUAUUAUUCUGUUUAUGAUGUUCCUAGGAAAUUCAGUAUAUUUGUUGCACAUGAAUUUUUUGAUGCUCUACCAAUACACAAGUUUCAGAAAACUGAUAAAGGUUGGAGGGAAGUUUUAAUAGACAUAAUACAAGAUACAAAAGAAGAAAGGUUUCAAUAUGUCCUUUCGCGAAUGCCAACACCUGCUUGUAAAGUAUAUCUGUCGCCCCGUGAGAAAAGGGAUCAUGUCGAGAUAAGUCCACAAUGUUCCGUAAUGAUGGACCAUCUGUCACAAUUUUUAUACGAAUGUGGAGGAUUUGCUCUAGUCAUCGAUUACGGUCACGAGAGAGAAAAGACUGACACGUUUCGUGCAUUCUGCCAACAUAAAUUACACGAUCCCUUGUUAAAGCCUGGAACUGCAGACUUGACUGCUGACGUUGACUUUUUAUCAAUGAAAGAGGUUGCAGAAAAAGACGACAGAUUAAUCACAUUUGGUCCAGUGACACAAAGAACAUUUUUACAAAAUACUGGUAUUGAUUUACGGUUGAAAAUUAUUUUGCAAAAUGCCACUGACACUCAGAAGCAACAUAUUCAAUCAGGCUAUCACAUGAUAACUGAUAAGGAUAAAAUGGGAGAUUGUUUCAAAGUGUUAUCACUUUUUCCUUUUAUAUUGAAGGACCAUUUAAAAAAGUGGCCAGUAGCAGGAUUUGAAGACGAAACUGAAGCUAAAUAAUGAACUAACUGUUUUAUUCUCGAGUACAUGUGAUAAAUGUAACAUAAUUUAUAUUUGUAAUAUAAAUUUAAUAAAUUUACACACAUCACUUUUUCGAUC